AUGACCGACUCAUCGGCACAAAACGGACAACGUACCAGUCCUCCUCCCCGCUUCGAAGGAAAGCCUUAUCUGCAAUGUCUCGACACGCUGGAGGAUGCGUUUCCAGCGCUCAAGUCCUUCUUAGAAAAGCUAGCAAAUGAGGGAGAAGCCGGCCGUCAGGCUGUCAGACAACACUACGAGAAAGAGCAUCAACCGGUUCUUUUGGUUGACCCUGCGUUUGCUGCGACAGGCAAAGAAUCAUCGAUAAAGUUGGCGGAUGAUUCAUCGACGGCGGGGAAGGCAGGGAGCAAGUGUGAGAUGGUGGGCGAUAUCAAACUCGACAGCAAUACCCGAAAAACCUUGGAUGACUGCUUGAUUCUACAAGCCGGAGAGCCGUUUGACAGCAGGUCAGCACUCUGGCGAGCUCAAGACUGGGGCGCAUCCCAUGCCCUCCAGGAGACUUCACAUCAGAGCUGGCCGUACCAUAACGGAUGUUCCACAUUGGCCCCACUGAUGUUCUCCGAAGUCGGUUUGGGGACAAAAGAGGUGAACUUUCCAGUUUUCCGGGAGAAGCGAAACCUCACCAGUGCUAUGGAUGAAAUGGUGUUCUACUGGACCAAGCUUGCUACUCCCGAGCUGAUCCAGGAGACGAACGAGAAAUCGUCCAACGCAGCAUACUACCUCCUAAAACAUGUCGCUCAACACUGGGUCAACCAACUUGAGCUUAUGAAUACGACCAUCGCCAGGGGUGAAUGGUUCUCGGAUGACUAUCAAGCUCAAAUCGACGACAAUUUGAGUAAACAGAAAUGGAAGCUAGACCUACUGAAGAUCAACGAGAUCGCCAAGGACAUCAACUACAUGCGUCGACAUCUGAACCACUUCUGGCGUGCAAUGUACCUCAACCUCGAACGCCUAGGCGUGCAAUUGGGCUGCGAAGGUGUCGACGCGAAUGCAUCCCUGGCGAUCCGAGACGCGCAAAAAGACUUCCUUACAAUACACACAAGGAUGCAGCCUUUACGCGAUCGUGCAGAAGCCUUGAACUCUGUCUCAAACGAUCUCGCAAAUCUUCGGGCGGCGUUCAGAGGCGUCUCAGACGGCGAGUUCGGCCUCCGUCUCAGCUUGUUCGCAUCCAUCGUCUUCCCGCUUACCCUGCUUGCUGGUAUCUUCAGCAUGGGGGACGACUUUCGCCCUGGGAGGCCAAAGUUUUGGCAUCUCUGGGCUAUCGGCAUACCCGUUUGCGUUGUGGUCGCACUCGGAUUGGUGUACGGGAGAAGGCCUUGGGCAGUGGCCACCGAUGUUUGGGAGUAUGUAAGAUCAUGGUUCGAGCACUACGGGCUCAUGAAGCCCAAGGAAAAGAAUGCGGCGCAGAAACAGAAAAUUGAAGGUACACAAAUGAAAGAGAAGAGAACCCGCAAGCAAGGCGGACGAGCGAGUUUGGUGAGAAGGACAGGUUGGAACGUCCGGGACGAAGAACAUGGUGUUGAUGAUUGA